CAGGAUGAAAGGACGUUUCCUCCGGCACCGGACGUAACCCGACGCAUGGGUUCAUCGACGACGCUAGGUAAACCAGAGCCUCCCGGAUCCCCUCCGUAUUACCGAUCGACUUCGGCGACCAGCAGCAGCUCCAACUCCGGAUCAUCGAGAAUAGACUUGACAAGUCGUCACUGGUGGAUAAUUGCAACAGUUCUGCUUCUCGCUGCAGCUGCAGGAGUGGGAGUCCCUAUAGCACUCAAAAUAAGUUCAAGCGCAUCGUUUGAGGAACGUUUGGAGUUCGCGACGAGACUUCUACAAGAAGUACCUCUUAUCGACGGCCAUAAUGAUCUUCCAUGGAAUAUUAGAAAGUUUCUUCAUAAUAAAUUGAAGAAUUUCAAGUUUAAUGAAGAUUUGAGAGGAGUUUCACCUUGGUCGACCAGUGCUUGGAGCCAUACGGAUUUGGUUAGGCUGGAACAAGGACAUGUUGCUGCUCAGUUCUGGGCGGCGUACGUCCCCUGCGACUCCCAGUACAAGGAUGCGGUCCAGCUAACAUUAGAACAAAUUGACGUGAUCAGGAGAUUCACUGAGCUCUACCAUCCGAGACUGACGCUCUGUACGUCGUCCGAAGAAAUAAAAGAUGCCCAUAAAAAACAUCAAAUGUGUUCCCUCAUCGGAGUGGAAGGUGGACAUUCUCUAGCAGGAAGUUUAGCGGUACUAAGGACCCUAUAUCACGUCGGAGUAAGAUAUUUGACACUUACGUCCACCUGUAAUACACCUUGGGCCGAUUGUUCCUUAACAGACAUGCCUGGAAAGAAGCCGGAACAUGGGGGACUAACCGAUUUCGGAAAGAACAUUAUUAAAGAAAUGAAUCGACUGGGCAUGAUAGUGGACCUGUCUCACGUGUCUGUGCGCACCAUGCACGCAGCAUUGGAAGUGUCCAAGGCACCGGUGAUAUUCAGUCACUCGUCGGCGCAUGCACUCUGCAACUCAACGCGCAACGUUCCCGACGAAACCCUGAGGAAGUUGGCGUUGAACAAAGGCGUCGUCAUGGUGAACUUUUAUUCGCAUUUUUUGACUUGCAAAGACGAGUCGACCGUGGCCGACGCAGUAGCCCACAUAAAUCAUAUAAGAGAAGUUGCUGGUGUGGAUAAUGUGGGUCUAGGGGCCGGCUACGACGGGAUAAACUACGUUCCCCAAGGAUUGGAAGAUGUCUCCUCGUAUCCGACCCUGUUCGCUGAGCUGAUAGGCACCGGAAAGUGGAGCGUCGAGGAUCUGAAAAAACUGGCAGGACUGAAUUUCCUGCGGGUAUUUCAGGACGUCGAAAAUUUAAGGGACGAAUUCAAGAAGGCUAACGUGCUUCCAUAUGAAGAUGUCAUGACGCCAAAGCCGAAGGAAAAUAACUGUUCCUCACAGGACCAUUAAAAAAAUACUAAUUGGUGAAUGUGAACAUUAAAAUUAAAUGGUUAAAUUAUUAUAAAUAAUUGAAUAGGUAAAACUGGAUGAUUUAGUUUAAUAUGUAGAUAAAACAAUAGAUUUAAAAUUAGCUAAAAUGAAUUUAAUUCAUUAAAAUGGAUACUAAAUUAAAUAAUACCAACUAAUAUUUGUUG